CACUGUGUGGCUAUUGCCGCACCAGAUUUUCCUCCAUUUUUUUUUCUUCAUGUUAUACCUUAUAGUUGAUAUUUUAGAAUUUCCAAAUUUUUGAGUGUAUCUCUACAAAAGAGUAAACAAGGAGAAGAAGAGCAAUGUUGCUGCUGAUUUUGUGCAAACAUCCUAAUCCCACUGUUUGUGGAUUUUCUGAAAGUGGAAAGAAGAUGAGCAGUGUUGUUGCCGUAAGAGGCAGGGAGCAGCUGAAUGAAAUUGGAGUUUGAGAUUGAUGACUCUGUUAACGGCGAUACAGUAAGGGAUGGUGCCAUGGUUGAAGCUGGUAGCAUACCUGAUGAAUACAUAGAAGAAGAAAGUUCUGCUGAACCAACUUACAAACAAGACCAAGAUGAUAACGUGGCUCAAGAUUCAUCUGGAGGAGGGUUAAUAAUACCUGCUGCAGUUCCCACACUACCGGGCGCAUCUGCUGAGGAGCCCUAUGUGGGUCAGGAGUUCGAGUCGGAAGCAGCAGCGCAUGCAUUUUACAAUGCAUACGCAGCCGAGGUUGGAUUCAUCAUACGCGUAAGCAAGCUCUCACGAUCAAGGAAAGACGGAACUGCUAUUGGACGGGCUCUUGUUUGCAACAAAGAGGGUUACAGAAUGCCUGACAAGCGUGAAAAGAUUGUGAGGCAAAGGGCAGAAACAAGGGUUGGUUGCAGGGCAAUGAUUAUGAUGAGGAAAAUUAAUUCUGGUAAAUGGGUUAUUACGAAGUUUGUAAAGGAGCACACGCAUCCCUUGAAUCCUGGAAGUAGUAGAAGGGAUAUGUUUGAAAUUUAUCCGUCUCAGAACGAACAUGAUAAAAUCCGCGAACUAUCUCAGCAGUUGGCAAUAGAGAAAAAGCGAUCUGUGACAUAUAAAAGACAACUUGAAGUGAUAUUUGAUUAUAUCGAGGAGCAUAAUGUGGGUCUCUCAAGGAAAAUGCAGCGUAUAGUAGACAGUGUGAAGGAGAUGGAACCUAAAGAAGAAGAAGAACAUAAUCAUUGAUAGUAUAUAUCAAGCAACUAGGUGCAUGUUUUGGCACACCAUUUGGAGCCAGCAAAACUGAGUUUGGAUGCAGUCUAGAUAUUAUUUGAUUUAUACAAUAUGCUUGACAUCUCCAAAAGUUCACUAGCUGUAACUGUCUUUGGCUCCAAACUAUGGUCGAAGAAGUUGAAAAUUCUCUCUUCUCUGUUUGCCAAAACUCCGUUUGGAAUUUCACCUGAUUUUCCAAGUAUUUGUCGGGACUCGGUAUCAUUGCUACUGCUUUGAGUACAGAAAGAAAGAAAUGCGUCGAAAUAUUUCAUGAUGAGUCAGAAUAAUAUCUGUCCGACCCAAAUCACAUGUAACUGGAAUAUCAGUCCAGAUGGACCAGGCGCAUAUUGUGACAUUUGCCCAGAGCAAUAUAUAUCAUGCUGGUGGUUUUUGUACUAUUUGUAGGUUCGAAGCCUCUACGGGUUUGAAUUUUCUGCAUUCAUGAAAUAGCGCGAUGAUUGAUCUAAACCUUUUGAUUAAGAUUAGAUGGUUCAUGGUUCAUAUUUUGACUUUGUAUAGUUGGAACAUGAUUAUCUGAUCUUGAUUUGACUGUAUUAUGCAACCGUGUCAAAUGUGUGAUUUCGCAACGGUAGAGAAUCCAUAUCUCACCACCAUGUUUUCUUUUUCUGUUUGCUGAGCUGAUGAGAAGCUUUGUAAUAUAUUCCCCUGCCAUUAAUUUCAA